AUGUUUAAGAAAGAUAUCCCACCGAGCAAUCGCUCCAAGGUCAAGUCCUCCGUGCAGCGGGGCCUGCGCCAAAAGCUGUUGGAGACAUAUCCCGGCUUCGAGCCUUACAUUGAAGAGAUCAUGCCCAAGAAGGCAUCUUUGGAGGCUGUUAAGCUUCCUGAGCGCAUAACUCUCUACACAAUUGACUCAACUCCCAUCUUCUUCCAACCAUUUGACGGUCCCCCAAUUCCCCAUCUUCGCAUCAUUCACGCCUUCCCUUCCGCCCUCCCAACCGUCCAGAUCGACCGCGGUGCAAUCCGCUUUGUGCUCUCCGGUGCGGCACUUAUGGCCCCGGGUUUAACAUCCCCGGGUGGACGUCUUCCAGAUGCCGAACACGCCUUACAAGCCGGGCAGAUUGUUGCUGUCAAGGCAGAGGGCAAGGAGGAGGUUUGCCUCGUUGGUGCCUUGAAGAUUGGCACUGAGGAGAUGAAGAGCAAGGGCAAGGGUAUUGUCAUGGAUGAAGGACAUUACUUGGGUGAUGGACUGUGGAGAAUGCAGUUGGAUUAG